GUUGUUAUUUGUGUAUCAUGUAUUUAUUGGACAAAAGAAGUACAAGAAUCUAUUGAAAAUAAUCAAUUAACUGAAUAUAAUAAAAAAUGUAAUGAACAAAUCGAUGAUAUUGUAAGAUUAGUCAGAGGAAAAUUAACUAGUGGUGAACGAAUCACAUUAGGUGCACUUACAGUGAUUGAUGUACAUG